CCCGCACACAUAGCUGAUACGCCACCUACUGCAAAACGGAGCUGACAGCGCAGGCGGCGCUGCCCGCAUUUCCAUUCCAUCACCAGGCUGGGGCUGAAUAAAGGCGUGCUUGUGUGGUAGUGUUUCUUUUUUAAAAAUCUCAAAGCCAAGAAGAACAGGCUGAAAUAGCAUUUUCAAAAAUGGAGCGUAAAAUAAACAGAAGAGAAAAAGAAAAGGAGUAUGAAGGGAAACACAACAGCUUGGAAGAUGCUGACCGAGGAAAGAACUGCAAAUCCACACUGAUGACCCUCAACGUUGGUGGAUAUUUAUACAUUACUCAAAAACAAACACUGACCAAGUACCCAGACACUUUCCUUGAAGGUAUAGUAAAUGGAAAAAUCCUCUGCCCGUUUGAUGCUGAUGGUCAUUAUUUCAUAGACAGGGAUGGACUCCUCUUCAGGCAUGUCCUAAACUUCCUACGAAAUGGAGAACUUCUACUGCCCGAAGGGUUUCGAGAAAAUCAACUUCUUGCACAAGAAGCAGAAUUCUUUCAGCUCAAGGGACUGGCGGAGGAAGUGAAAUCCAGGUGGGAAAAAGAACAGCUAACACCCAGAGAGACUACUUUCUUGGAAAUAACAGAUAACCAUGAUCGCUCACAAGGACUGAGAAUUUUCUGUAAUGCUCCUGAUUUCAUAUCAAAAAUCAAAUCUCGCAUUGUUCUGGUGUCCAAAAGCAGGCUGGAUGGAUUUCCAGAGGAGUUUUCAAUAUCAUCAAAUAUCAUUCAAUUUAAAUACUUCAUAAAGUCUGAAAAUGGCACUCGACUUGUACUAAAGGAAGACAACACCUUUGUCUGUACCCUGGAAACUCUUAAGUUUGAGGCUAUAAUGAUGGCCUUAAAGUGUGGUUUUAGACUGCUGACCAGCCUGGAUUGUUCCAAAGGGUCAAUUGUUCACAGCGAUGCACUUCAUUUUAUCAAGUAAUUACCUGUGUCAUGAACAAAGGCAACAAGCAUGCAGCCAGCAAGCUUCGGAAAACCACAGCAUCAAAGGCAUCCCGAAUAACGUGUGCCGGGCCAGCUCCGUACUCAGAGCCCUGCUGCUAAUCAAUUACUGUGAGCUAACGGUAUGUAAAUUCUAUCGCUAAAGAUGUCCUUCUCAAGGGUGUUCCUGCUGAUCAGACUCUUAUAAUGAAAACAAUGAUGUUCUACAUAUUGUAAAUAAAAACUGAAUGCUUUUGCUAUUUGUUUAUUUCUCCUGAAGCUGUCUUUCAAUCAGAAUGUCUUGGGUACUUGCACAAUGAACAAGCAUGUACAUUAUCUAUGAUUCAUUUAAGUAAAUGGUAAUAUAAUAUGUUAAGGGGCUAUAAGAUUUAAAAUCUUUUCUAUAAAACUACAAAGAAACUGAACUGGUAAAAAUUAACUACUGAGAGCAAAAGAAAUGUGCAGAUGUACUAAGAGCUAUAGUGAAACCAAAUGUAAUUGUAAGAAGGUAUUAAAGUUAUUGAUUUAAUUUUAAUGGCAGGCACCAAAAGCUUAUUCAUAGUUCCUGUAUUUCAUACUAGAAUUAUAGCUGAAUUGACAUAUUGCUGAACAUUCCUAGAAAACUGCGUAAUGACAAUAAAAUAAAUAAAAGCACUACUAGCUUCUUUGCUUGUAUUAAUAGUUACAAUAAAAAGUUACAUGUAUCACUUUCAAAACAAAGAGUACCACUUGAUGAUUUCACACAGUACUAUGCAUUGAUGUAGUCAACUGGCAGGCUACAGUAACCCUCGCUGGUCUUGCAAGUGACAAAAAUCAGUAAAUUCAUUUCUUUGCAGGCUGAGCUCCAACACAGCAUGGAUAACUUAGCCUUAACAGCUUAUGUGGUAUCAAAAUAAUAAAGGAGUUCAUUUUCAGAA